GAAGGGAGGUGAGCGGUCGGGCUGCGAGUUUAAGUAGUGUGGUUAGAAGGCAACAUUUCCAAAAAACUUGAAGGAGGUGAGAGAGCAUUCUGGGCAGAGGGAACAGCCAGUGCAAAGGCAGGAGUGGCCUGGUGCGUGGCCGGAGCAGGGAGAGCAGAGGAGGGCGAGGUCAGGAGAUGGACACCCCAGGAAGGGCUGGUAGCAGGUGGCCUCUUUCCGUCCGGGUCAGCCUCUGCCCCCGGAAGGGCAGGGCCUGGAGACACGGGUUUCAGAGUUGCUCCUCAGAGCGCUUUGCUUGGCCGGGCAGCAGGGAUGGCCCUGGGCUGACCUGGGGCCGCUCCCAGGCUGGAUCUCUGCUCCGGGCUGAGGCUGGGCCGCCCACGGCCUGGGGCCUCCGGCCUUUCCACCAGGUGGGUGGCAGGUGACACAGGUCUCAGAGAAUGCUGCGUGGGGCUGAGAGGAGGCAGUUGGGGUCUUGAGGUACCAAACACCAGAGGAAGUCGCAGCAGGAAGGAGGAAGCCCAACCCUAGUGGCCCUGCUUGUCCCUCCUCGCAGACGAGAAGGCCCCAAUUCCCGAUCCGGCCUCAGUGGGCUUACUAGAUGCCUUUCCUGUUGUUGUUUGUUUGUUUGUUUUCUGUUUUCUUUUUCUGGGGAACUAGCCCCAUCUCGUGGUCUUCCAAAGACAUCAACGCUGAAGCCCACUGGCUUCUCCCUUUGGGGGCCACGUCGUUUCAGGCUCUCCCCAUUCCCGCCGCCUCCUCCGCGUAUACUCGGCUUUACUUGGGCUGGGCUCAGCGAGCGGCCUGGGAGUCUGCUCCCCUCCGUGGGGCGGACCGGCGUGGGGGGAGCGCCCAGUUACCCUGGCUCCCGGGGCCUUCCCAGCUUCUUGCCCCAGGUGCUGCUCUCUGAGGGACCCUCGCCUGCAUGCCCGGUGUCCUACUUCAGAGAAUCUGAGCGUCAGGGCCUAGAAUCAUCCUUCAGCUUCUCCUCCGCUCUGGAGGCCCACCGACGUCAGAGGCUCUCAGGAGAAGCCACUCUCCAGUUCCACAAGCUCCUUCCAUAUCCUUCCUUCCAUUCCUGCUUGGGAGCGUCUCCCUGUUACCACCCCGGGGGAGAUCGGGCAUUAGGGUCUGUGAGGACAGGGCUUGUCGCGUCUCUUUCCAGGAUUUGAAAUUAUGCUGCCUUUGGGGCAUUAGGUCUCAAGGAUAGACACUGCUGUGUGUGAGCACCUCCUGGCUGGCACCACCGAUGGUCUCCGUCUACAGGCGAACCCUGCCCGUGGCGUUUCUCUCAGCAGUCACAGCUCAAGUUUCUUCUCUCUUGGGGGCUUGCACUGCAGCGUGUUUUGGGAUGGGGGAUUACAGAAUAACACCUCUUCUUUUCAGCUUUUCUGUAUUUUUCAAAAUGGAUGGUGACCUGGCAGUACAGUCGUGAUAGAGAAAAAACAAGCUUGUGAUGUGUUUCAAAACAAUUUGAUGCUAGUCUAAAAACCCUUGCUGUUAUCAGUAUUCUUCCCUCCCCACACCUUUAGCUGGUGCAGGUCCCCCUGUGACUGGUGGUGUGUCCCAAUGAAACAUGUCUGGCCUGUGGACAAAAGGAUGAACACUUGACAGCGACGUUAAGUAUAUUUGCAACUUUGUGCAGCCACCACCACCUUCGACCUCCCAAAUAUGUUUAUCACCCCAAAAAGAAACCCUGUCCUCAUGAAGCAGUCACCCCCCCACCCCACCCAGUCCCAGGCCCUGGCACCCAGAUCUGCUCUCUGACUCUCUGGAUUUACCUAGGACUCUCUGGACAUGUCAUGUGUUUUAUAAGAUUUAAAGGUUUUUUUUUAUAGCGAGCCACAGGACAGUGGCACUCUGGAGAGAUGACAGGCAGAAGGAGGGACGGCUGCCACGAGGGAUGGCGCACCUGGGUAGGGGUAGCUAGUGGUCCCUGGGCAGUGGCCGGUUUGAACAGUUUCGCAGGCUCUGGUGCGUAGGACCUGUCCUUGGUUGUCUGGUACCUGGCCACUGAGUGUGAGACCCCGAUAGGAGGGUUUGGGGCGUGGGUUUAGUGGCCCCAGAGAGAGGGGCUUUGAUACGGGAGGUGGGUGGUGGGGGAAACUUCCCAAGUUUAGCAAACUGCUUGCGAAGGCCAAGGAGAAAGAGUUUCUAGUCAUAACUUCAAAAGUAGGUCAAUAAAGCCCUUGUGAAAUAUUGUAUUACAUCAUAUAAAUAGAACCAUGCAUGUGUGGCCUUGUGUGCCUGUGUCUGGCUUUUCUCACUUAGCAUCGUGACACUAGGUUCGUCCACACGGUAGCGUGGAUCAGUGUUUCAUCCCUCUUUGGGGCCGAAUAGUAUUCCAUCGUGCGUCCAGACCAUGGUUUGUUAUCUGCUCUUCUGUUCAUGGACGUUUGGGUUGUUUCCACCUUCGGGCGGUUGUGAAGUGUACCGCAGUUCAUUCACAUGGAUGGACGUUUUUGUGAGAACACUGUUUUCGAUUCUUUUGGGCAUAUACCCAGGAGUGGUUUGCUUACUGAAGGACCACUAGACUAUUUUCCCUUGUAAUUCUGAACACUGUCAAGCAAACAGACGAGUAGAGAGAAUAGUCCAACCAAGCCCGCGUACCCACCUCCCAGGGUUAGCAGUGGCCUCCAGCUCCAGCUUGCCUUAUUUGCUUGGGUCCCCCCCACCUCGCGCGCUCUCUCUCUCUCUCUCUUCCUCCCUCCCUCCCUCUCUUUCCUUCUGUCUUUUGUAUUUGCUGAAGCACUUUAAAGUCACUUCACACGCCCUUUUCUCCCCAAAUGGUGCGAAUGUGUCUCUUGAAAAGGACAUUUUCUUCCAUGACCUGGUGCCACUACCCAUCCAACACAUGGGCAGCAGUGGCCCCGCUCUCACCCUCCACUCUCCACAAUGCCUUUGACUCCUCUUUUGUUCACGCCAGCAUCUCAUCAAAGACUCCCAUUGCACUUGGCUGUUGUCCCCUUAACUCUCUUUUCAUCCAGAACAAUCUCCCUACCCAGCCUCCUCUUUCCCCCGUGACACUGAUUUGCAGAGGAGACCAGGGAACAGCCCACCUUCUGCAUCGGGUGCCUCCCUUGUGGUGCCUUUAACUGGUCUCUCUGUCCCCAGGGUCCUCUGUAAACUGGAUGCUGGGUCCCAAGGCUGCAUUAGAAUCAAGUCAGGCUUUGGCAAGAGCCCUCCUGGGCAUCCCCACCAAGGGGAUGUCCCACUUCCGUCCCACCAUUAGGUUCGCUUCCUCUCUUGUGACCAGCAGUAAACGGGGAAGACAUCAUGUGGCCGACCCUUCCCCCUCAGCCUUCAUCUAAUGGUUUUGGCAUCCAAAAUCUCUCUGAUUAGUAUAAACUUCUCCAUCAGACAUGCAUUCAUUUAUUUAUUCUGGGCUAGUGUUAACUGACAGCUCAUCACAGGUGAUAAGGGAAUUUGGGGCGAUUUAACUUGUUCUGAGGACCCCAUCCCCUUGCCCUCUCUCCUGGGGCAAAAACAGGCCGUGAUGCCCACUCCGCCCUCCCCCCGCCACUGCCUGUCUCCUCCACUCCUCCGCCCGUGACUCCCAUGUUGUGGCCGCCAGUUGUCUUCCGGCAUUGAGGGCUGGUGUGGAGAAAUCUGGUUCUGUCCACUUGGUUGGUGACACGCUCCUCCUGCCUUAGCGUGAGCCCCGGGCAGCCUCACCUUCUCCCCCUCCCACCCCCUCACCCCGCUCCAAUUUUCAGCACCAUGACCGUGCAGCUAGGGCCCCUCUCAGGGCCGGGUAUGGGCCAUGCCAUUGGCCAGCUACUCUCUUUAUUCACCCCCAGCCUGCAGCUCUCAGCCUGAACGCUAUCCCUCCCCCAGCGAUGGGGGACCCUCCCUCUUGGAUCCCACUAGCUUGGUCUUUCUCUUUCCUUGAGAGCAAGUCUGUUUGCAGGUGAAGGAGGUAUGUGUGUUUGGAGUUUUUCUUGUUGCUGUUUUUUUAAUUUAAUUUAAUUUAAUUUUUGUAUACAACAGGUUCUUAUUAGUUCUCUAUUUUAUACACAGUAGUGUAUAUAUCUCAAUCCUAAACUCCCAAUUCAUCCCACCACCAUCACCCUCCCCCUGGAGUUUUUCUUUAAGAACCCCGACCUCAGGGGGCAAGGGGGCAGCAGUGGGGCUUCCAGGGAUGGCUAGAAAGUCAGGAUUGGGGUGCUGGUCACGUGGGAGGAGGGCUGAGAGAGGAAGGAAAUGAGAAAAAGGAAAGAAGAAACACACUCCCUUGAAAGCCUGACUAGGCAGGCCCAGCACGAGGAGACAGAAUCCUUGUCUGGUGAAGAGAGGGGACAGAAGCUCAGUUUGAGAAAGUGUUAUGGAUUGAAUUGUGUCUGCCCCCGCAAAAGAUAUGCUGAAGUCCUGUCCCCCAGCAGCUCUGAUUGGGACCCUAUCUGGACAAGGUCACACUCGGCGCAUGGGCUCAGCUCACACCUGGCUCGCUCCGCAUUAGUGUCUCUGCGCCCCUGCGAUGGCAGCCAUGCUCCUGAUGGCCAGACGCAAGACAGAAUGGAAGCUUCUGGAUCUCAGACAAAGGAUGCUCUACAAGCGAGUGAUGCUGGAGAACUACCGCCACUUGGUGUCACUGGGGUUUUCAUCCUCCAAGCCUCACCUGGUCUCCCGGCUAGAGCGAGGAGAGGGGCCCUGGGUAGCAGACGUCCACAGGAUGGGGACCACCACAGGGAUGCAGGCAGGUGACAGGAUGAAGAGCAAACCGAUAAUUUCAAAGCAGAAAACUUGUUCAGAAGAACUCGCAGGGGCUGACCUUCAGGGUGGCAACAAGGGCCAGGUAGCCGGGCAGUCAGAGGAAACACUUGAGCACAGACGGAAACAUGCUUAUUGUCCACAGACAGCUUUCAGCAGGGGUGACCCUCCCAUGGAGAAAGGCCAAGGCAGCUCCCCAGGUGAGGAAAGAGAGAUACAGAGAAGUAGCUGCAGAGGUAGACAGGGUUUGGUUCUAAGGCAGCAGGGUUCCAAAGGUGCAGAGAAACAGUUCCUGUGUCAGCAGUGUGGGAAAUCCUUCAGCCGGAGCUCCAACCUCAUCAAGCACCGGAUCAUCCACAGUGGCGAGAAACCCUACGAGUGCGGCGAGUGCGGCAAACUCUUCCGGCGCAGCUUCGCGCUCCUGGAGCACCAGCGCAUCCACAGUGGUGAGAAGCCCUAUGUGUGCGGCGAGUGCGGGAAGACUUUCACACGCAGCUCCAACCUCAUCAAGCACCAGAUCAUCCACAGUGGUGAGAAGCCCUACGAGUGUGGCGAGUGCGGGAAACUCUUCCGGCGCAGCUUCGCGCUCCUUGAGCACCAGCGCAUCCACAGUGGCGAGCGGCCCUACACGUGCAGCGUGUGCAGCAAGGCCUUCAGCAGGAGCUCCAACCUCAUCGAGCACCAGCGCACACACAGCGGCGAGAAGCCCUACACGUGCAGCCAGUGCCUGAAAGCCUUCAAGGGCAUCUCCCAGCUCAUUCACCACCAGCGCAUCCACAGUGGGGAGAAGCCAUUCGAGUGCAAGGAGUGUGGGAAGGCCUUCCGGGGGCGCUCGGGCCUCAGCCAGCACCGGCGGGUGCACAGCGGCGAGAAGCCCUAUGAGUGCAGCGAGUGCGGGAAGACCUUCAGCCGGCGAUCCAACCUCUUCAAGCACCAGGUGGUGCACAGUGAGGAGAGACCCUACAAGUGUCAAGACUGCAGGAGGGCGUUCCGCAGCGGCUCCGUCCUCCUGGAGCACCGGCGCACCCACGGCAGCCUGCGGCCCAGCGCCUGCGGCCACUGCGGCCAGGCUUCCAAAGGGAAACCGCAGCUCGGCCGGAAGCCAAAAACUCACUGCAGAAGGAAGCUCUCGGAGGGAAGCAACUCAGAAAAGGCACCGGCCUGCCUGGCCCUCUGGAGAGCCACUGCGGAGCCCCGCCCCGAAGACGAGAAACUCCGUCCAGACUCCGCCCACGCCACCGCCCCCAGCUCCUUCUGACGGGGUGCACCGUGGGAGGGCUGGCUUUAAAAUGAGGCCCACGUUCCCCACCUCAACCCCCUCCCUUUGCUCGUUGAUGCUGCUGCAAUGGAAGCACCUAAUGCGCCGCAGGCAGACGGGCCCCUGUGCCCGUGCCAGCUCCUGUGCGGUGCGCACGGGCGUGUGUGUGCCGCCAAGGUGCACGCACGUUUGUAUUCCACCCUGGAGCCGCUGAAACUGCUCUUGCCCCAUGUGCCUGGGGCCUGAGUGCUGUGGGUGGGAGGGAGCGGGUGCCUUCAAUUAGGGAGGAGUGGGGGCCUUCACUUCACCCAAAGACUUGUUAGCGUUUCCAGGUAGAAGACACGAAAAGCACUUUAAUCCUUUAAUAGCUUAAUAGUGGGAGGGACCUGAGGGCAUUCAAAAUUUGUGGGCUCCACAGCGAGGCUGUGGCUGGACUGUGACAUCACCUAAAAUUCAUCAAGAAAUGGUCUGCAAAAGGACUCAGGCAACUGCGCGUGCUCGCGUCGGCAGCCCCCGGAGAGUGGCAUCUCCUCGGCAGGAAGGCACAGGACAGCUCGCUUCUGGGAGGAGCGGCCCCAGACCCCAUCUUCUGGGAGCUCAGGGGAUUCUGCCAGAUGGCUGGCCUGGGCCCUGCGGAGAGGCUGAGGCCUGGAGACUCUCGGCUUCUCCGCCCCAAGAGAGGAGCCCUUUGGCUCUGGUCCCUCCCAGCUGCCACCAGCUGCCCUGCUGCCUUUGGUCUCCUCCCCGCACCCUGAGCCCCGGAGCUCACCCCACCUGCUGCCUUCAGACUCUGCCUGCAAAGGCCGCACUGGCCUCUCUGCCCCUUCUCUCCACCCUCAGUGCCUAAAGCUCCAAAGUUAGCUGCUCCCCCUGCAGCAGCCGUCCCUUGUGGCUGGUGCCAGAUCAGGAGGAAAGCGGCCGGCUGAGGAAUUUGCACAGAGCGUGCCCAGUAAUGGCUCUCUCUCCUCAGCUCUCUUUCAUGUGACAUUGCUUAAAAUAUUAGAGGUUCAGUUGCUUUGAAUGUUUUUGCCUUCAGGGGUAAUGUAAGUCAAAAAUAGAGAUUUUUGCCAUAUGGAAGUGUCAGGUAAUCACUCCUUAAAUAAGAAUCUGUCCAGCUCUCUGAGAAGGCCUCAGGCAGGAGAGAGGGGGCCGCCCCAGGCCUGACACCAGUUAGCAUGCUGGCCCCUCCUCUCACUCCCCCGCCCCCGGCCUUAGCCCCGUAGGGACACGGUGGACCCUUCAAUGGCACUUUACGGCAGGCCAUGGGAGACUCUCCAGGGAGACCUCGUGCUGCUGUGGGGGGGGGGGGGGCAGCUGCUGGCAGGUUCCACCCUGUCCUGCUCACACUGUCCCCAGAGCUGGGACCAGGAGCUCUGCCACUUGCCAUUCUCAGCCCGGCAUCCCAGUUGGCUCGCCACCUCCUUCCAGCCCCCUUCACCACCGCCACAGGCUGCCCGAGGGCAGGUGGAUGUGAUGGGGGCCCCCCACUGGGCCUUUGAGAAGAGCGCACUUUCCCUGCCAGACAGGGAGGGCCAGACACCAUCAGGAGGGUGUGGGAAAGCCUGGGAAUACAGGGCUCCUUCUGCCCGUGCUGCUUGGAGCUCCAACUGCUAGGACAACUCCAGAAGUGAGAGAGACAGAGAGAGAGAUCGAGGAGUUUUAUAUAGAUAGAGAAGUUUUAUAUAGAUAUAUUAAAAUGACUGUACACACUUGUGACUUACGGAAAGUUCCAGAGUUGUAACUUGCUCUUGUCUCAUAGCCUCCUUGUGCUGUGCGUGUCACGUUUUCUUUGAGCCCAGAGCUUGGCACUUAGUAAAUACUUGUGAAAUGAGUGUUGCUGCCUUAGCACAUUGAACUCAGGUUCUAGACCACAGUCGGCUCCAGCCUUACCUUGCAGCAGUGGAAAGCAUCUGCAACCUUGGGUUUUCCGAUAGUAAAAGAAGUAUUAGGAGCGGUGUCUUUGCAAUCCAUGGUAAGGUAGCUGGGAAGCGUGUGUUUAUGUGAGGUGCCCACAAUGUUUGCUCAGCCGGCGGCAGGGCUUCAGUAAGCCAGCCCCCACGCAGGGCAGGGGAUGGUGCCUGAGGCCUUGUGCUCGGGCUCCGGUCUCUUUUUUGUUCAGCCGGAGCUGCUUAGGAUUGGGGCAACAAUUGCUACGUGACAGACCCCGGUAAGAGCAUAGAUCCAUGCGCACUGCUGCCCAUUUCCAUCGCUCUAGGAAGUGAACAGUUUCGCUCUUAUGGGCCAGUCAGUAACCAACUUUUAAUAAAGAAGAGUUGUAUCUCCCCAGCAUAGCAUCAUCCCAUUGGUUCUACUGGAUAAGCUAACUCGAUUUUUAAUGUAAGUGCCUUUUUUUCACCUUGGACCCACCCAGAGAUGACUAGAUACUGGGGGCUGGGGUCGUGAUGUCCAGUGCUUUCAACAGAAAGUGGACUUGCCGGGAGAGAUGCCAGGCACCUGCACUCCGGUCUCGGAGUGCCCUGAAAGGCUCCAAGGUCUCCAAAUGCUUACCCGGGUACAUGACAUUUCUAAUAGUAAUGCAGCUUUGGUUUGUCCGUUCUGCAUCUAACCUCACUCCUGAUCAUUAGAUGUUUACUCUGAUGCAGGUUUUUUUUUUGGUUUUUUUUUGUUGUUUGUUUUGUUUUUGUUUUUGUUUUUGCGGUACGCGGGCCCCUCACCGCCGCCGCCUCUCCCGUUGCGGAGCACAGGCUCCGGACGCGCAGGCUCAGCGACCACGGCUCACGGGCCCAGCCGCUCUGCGGCACGUGGGAUCUUCCCAGACCGGGGCACGAACCCACGUCCCCUGCAUCGGCAGGCGGACUCUCAACCACUGCGCCACCAGGGAAGCCCCUGAUACAGUUCUGAGUAUCGUCUUCUUUUAGAUGUGGUCAUCAAUCAGAUGUGCAACAGGGUGUGAACGGGUGUCGCAUGGGAUCAGCCAGAGAGUGUCUGGAGAGGACGCUUGCAUUUUUCCCUCUACAGUGCCUUGAAAUAGGUCUCCCACCAGGCAGGGUGGGGGACUGUGAUGGUGGCCCACACUUGCUUUCUGACGACGACUGGAGUAUAAAAGCUGAGACUCUUGGGGGAUGUCCUGUCUGCUUUCCAGGCCCCCGCCACCACCACCACCACAACAUCCCUGGAUGCCAGCCCCUUCACACUUCUGGACUGGGCUUCCGCUCCAGAGAUGAACUUGCAGGACGCUGGACCAGCCCAUAGCACAUCAUUUGCUCUUUGAAACUUCGGACACUUUUCAAGAGCUGUUUAAGUGCCGUGGCAGUAUCUUCACGUAACUGUUAAACUGUCCCACCUGAAUUCAUUUACUUUGGGUGCAGACAAAUAAGGAAUGUCUGGGUGUUGGCCUUGAAUGACACCCUCUGGUGGAGACGGCAUCUAUUGCGGUUUGAAGUAAUGGCUAGCAAUUGGGUGAAAGGUCUCAGGAAAGGCCGCUGACCUAGACGUGGGGGUGAAGACGAGAGAGCAUGUGGGCGCCCCUUGGCCCCUGCAAAGGGAAGGUGGGAACCCUUGAAGUGGAGCUGCACGGGGACCAAGGGCAGCCACCCUGAAACAGCAUGGAUGGUGUCUUAGGACCUUUGCUUAGAUUGCCUGCAAGACUAGCUCUACUUUGUGAAGCUGCCAGGACCCCCCCCCCUUCACUCCCUUCCUCAGUGGCGGGACACAGUGGCUUUCAGUUGGGGCUGCUAAGUCUACGCCUGGCUAGGUAGCAAGGGGUAACACGCCGUCUCUGGAGGUCAGGGUAGGACUAAGUAGCAGGUGAACUCUCAGGACAGGAAGCAGAGGUCGAGGGACUUCCAGUGGGUUGGAGUAAAGCACAGGGAACGUGUGGUGCUUUCAGGAACCCUAGAAGGACAGAGGGCUUUCUGUAGGGCAGUCGUAGGGUAAAAGGUCAUUAGAACCAGAGGGCAGAGAGCCAGGGAUGCCAGAUGAAGAAGUUUGGUCUCUAGCCGGUUCCUGAGGAGGAGCAAUUUUUUUUAAAACAUGAAAGAAUUAUUCUAAGAUCAAGGAGGAAAAAAGUUGACGCAGAUGAUAACUGCUGGAGUGUGUGAAUUUACACAUGGAUGACCACCAAGUAUACACACUAGAGUCACCUAGACAGCUCUGAUGCUCACUGGCUGUUCACCCACGGGAAUGAAUGGCGGCAGCCCGCCACUCACGAUGCUUUGACGUGAGCAACCUCAAAUGGCACUUUGGGGAACUCCCACUUGCCCUGGAGUUAUGACAAAUAUCUGGAAAACUUAGAUCGUUUUCUCUCAUGCUAGCCUCAGUGUGUGCAUGACUUCACAACACAGGGGCCCUCCAGGAUUUGAAGGUUGCUGUUUCUUCAUCUUUCUUGACAGCCUUAUAGACGUAUAAUUGGUGUACAAGAAACUGCACUAUUUAAAUUGUACAAUUGGAUGAGCUUUGACGGGUAUCCACCUGCGAGACCAUCACAGCAAUGAAGACGGUAAACAUACGCCCAUCACCCUGGAGCGUCGCCUUGUCCCCCGGGUGAGCCCUCCUUCCUGCCCCUUCCUCCCCCCAGCCCGUCCCCACAACCACUGCCCUUUCUAUCAGUACACAUUAGUUUGCCUUUUCUAGAAUUCUGUGUUAAUGGAAUCAUGCAGUAUGCACUCUUCUUGCCUGGCCUCUUAGUAUAAUGAUUUUGAAGUUCAUCCUGGGUGUCGUGUGUAUAUCAAUCCUUCGUUUUCUAUUGCUGAGUACUAUUCCAUUGUGUGGACGGACCACAAUGCCUGUUGAGGGACAUUUGGGUUGUUUCCAGGUUUGGGCCUUCACAAAUAAAGCUGCUGUGAACA